AUGGACGCGUCUACCAGUAAACGAAAUGGACCGACUCCUUCAAAGGCAUAUAAACGGAAUCAGCGUAAGAAGUUGGUACGAUAUGCCAAAAAAGCGGAACUCGGAAAACGUAUCAAUGCGGUGAUAAAUGAAGAAAGCUCCUCUACUCACAAUACUAGCAACGAUAACGAAGACGACCGAGACGACGAUAGAACCGAGAUUCCCUAUAAUCCAAAAAAGCUCUAUAAGAGUGCCUUUCCAAGGCAUAUGACCGCACCUCUAGAGAUGGAUUUUAUCCCUAUUGUUAUUUUAAGCAUAAAACCCAUUUACCUUUUCGAAAAAUUUCUUGAGAAGAGACGGCAGAGACAAGUUGUUCGGCGAUCGCUUGACCAGGGUUUACUUCCAUCUAAUGCUAUAAAAACCGGUACUUAUAUACUCGAUUUUGCUGUACUAUCCGAUCACCAUCUCGAAAUACUUUCGAACAUAAUUCAGGAGAAUUUAUAUGAGGAUGAUGUUGCUAGAAAGAAGUCUUUACCGCCCCAGAGCAUUCAAGCGAUUCCAACUUUUUCAGAUAUACCCCAAGAGUUUAUGUGUUUGCUCGAAUCAGAGAUCUUUAUUCUAGAUGGGCUAGCGGAUCAAAUGGAGCGUAACUAUUCCAAAGAAUCUCCAGAACACAAACAAUUGUGGAAAGAAUUCGCCUUAUGGGCAUGCUUUUUCGCUGGACCUAAUUUUAAUCAACGCUUUCGUCACUACUGUCGUCGUCUCUGUGAUAAACUAUCCAUCGCUGAAGAAACAACAGAGAUCGUUGUAAGUGGUGUCAGUCUUAAUGGGUUUCAACACGUUUUUAAUUCACAAUGUUUUACGAACACGUUGGAGGAAACUGUGGUGGAUUUUUUUAAUAUUGACAAAGUCUCGGCGAGGAAAUCAGAAGCGGUAGUAGACAAAUACUGUAAGCAUAUGUUCGACGAUCCCACGCAUCAGUCUAAGAAUUUCAAGACGGAUUUGAUAGAACAUUUCGGUUGUUUCGCCGAUAGUAAUAAUUUGCCAUAUACCACGUCAAACACUGCUUCCUCUCACCAUAAAGCGCAUAUGGAAUGUGUAAAAAGCUUGAUUCAAGGCCUCCAACCGCUUUCAAAUUCGGUUAACAAUUACUUUGAAGCUACGUAUCCUAAUUUAUAUACGAAGAUGAAAAAACUCGAUCUUGGUCCCAAUGUUCCGAAAUCCUUUGGAGCUUUUCCUACAGUCGCCAUCAACUUUAACAUCAUCUGCCAGUUUCACCGUGAUUUGAAAGAUCAUCGAAAUACGCUUUGCGUGGUGUGUCCACUUGGGAAUUUCGAAGGUGAAGAGCUGACAUUUCCGGAAUUAAAAUUAAUUGUCCAUGUUAAGCAAGGCCAAGCGGUGGCUUUUCGAUCAAACCUCCUGGUUCAUGGAAAUCUGCCGGUCGUUGCUGGAGUUCGUCACAGCGUCGUUUUUUAUAUCUACAGUACGGUAAUUAAACAAAAACGAAAGUUUGGUUCUCUUUUCGCUGAUUAUGAGUUGGAUUGGGGUGACAAUAACGAUGAUAAGCCAUCACAAGAAUAUCUUCCUCCAACGCUAGGUUCUGGAAAUAACGAUGUGAAGCUAAAAAAUCAUAGAAGAACGAAUAUAGAUUUGGAACGCGCAAAAAAAGGUUUACCAGCACGGUAUAAGAAAUAA